AUGCUAUUGAUCGAGUCUUACACUUCCUCGGUAGGCACAUUGCCACGACUGGAAGGCUCGACUGGCGAAACCAACCUCUAUCAUGUUGCGAACGUUAUCGUCGUCGACCUAAACCAGAACACCGCUUCAGCUCAAUCAAGCCCAAACUACAUUCCAGCUACAAUCUCGCCCAUCGUCGCUCUUUCCAUUCCACCCGAUAAUCCCUACUCCCACUUCUUGGACUCCCGUGAUGGACCCGGCUACAACACUGGCUCUCUGACGGUGGAUCUUGGAUAUGAAAUCUACGAAGGCCGCCUCAACACAACCACGAAUCUCAACACCUGGCUCGGCAUUCGCUAUGCAGCAUCUCCUAAUGGGAGUCUUCGUUGGCAGAAACCUCAACCUCCCCCGAUCAACCGCAACUCCGUCAUACAAGCUGUGAAGUAUACCUCCAUCUGUUAUCAGGCUCCUGAUGCUCUCGUUGGAAUUAGGCCCACCGACCAGAGUGAAGCUGCGGAAGACUGCCUGUUCCUGAAUAUAUGGGCUCCCAGCGACCCCAGCAAGCCGCUUCCGGUGUUUGUUUGGAUUCAUGAGGGCGGGUAUGGUACAAUGAGCGGUCGACAGGAUCUUAGUCUACUGAUCAAUACGAACAACAAUGCGUUCAUUGGCGUGACACUUCAGUAUCGCUUGGGCGCUUUUGGGUUCCUCUCCUCUGACGAAGUCUAUCGUUUUGGAACACCCAAUGCUGGGCUAUACGACCAACAUGCAGCUCUACUAUGGGUGCAGAGAUACAUCCACCUCUUUGGCGGCGAUCCUACACAAGUCACAAUUGGCGGUCUCUCAGCUGGCGGAGGCAGCGUCAUGCACCACACUACAUCAUACGGCGGUUCGCUGGGAACAUCGCUGUUCAAGAACACGUUUGCUGCUUCGCCCUACCUACCCAUGCAGUAUCAUUACGACGAAUGGAUCCCUACACAAGCUUAUAAUGCGUUCGCUAUAGCGGCUGGAUGCUCUGCUCAACUGCCUGUUGGGGGUUCUGAGCAGAGUAUCUUCCAGUGUCUGCAAGGAAAAUCUGCGGAUAGGCUUGCUAACGCGUCGGCGACUGUCUCUCAGUACGGCGCAUAUGGGACUUGGGCUUUUCUCCCAGUCACAGACAACGCUCUGGUCUCAGGGCUGCUCUCGCAAACGCUCCUCCGAAAAGAACUGAACGGACUCAACACACUAGUCGGCAACAACGCCAACGAAGGUCCGGCUUUCGUCCCUCAAGACAUCGACGAUGAAAACGCCCUCAAAUCAUGGCUCAACACCACCUUCCCCCUCUGGACCGACUCCGACCGAGACAACCUCCUACUAUGGUAUCCCGACACCACCCGCACAAACAUGAAGUUCUCCUCAGCAGGCUACGCAGGUCCGAGCGCCAUUACUCAAAGCGUCGUCGCAACCGGCCAGCAGCAACGCGCCAACAACAUCUACGCCGAGCUGGCAUUCGUCUGUCCCUCAUACUGGCUCGCCGAAGCAUUCACCUCGACACCACAGACUCCCCGCAAGGCCUACAAGUACCAGUACUCCAUCCCACCGGCCCUUCACGCAGGAGACAAAGAAGCCUACUUCAACGCACCCGCCGGCAAUGUUGGGCCGGAUAUGGCACUCGCCUUCAAAAACCUGUUGGGGAACUUCAUCGUUACUUCGAAUCCGUCAAUCCAGCAAUCGAUCGCGGAUGGGCUGAGUUCUCCCAAUGCCGAUCCAGAUACGACUGGGCAGGUGUGGACGAGGAAUAAAGCUAUAAGCGACUGGCCGGAAUAUGAUGUGGGAAGACCCUGGCAGAUCAAUUUGAAUCAGACGGGUGGAUCGAUAGUCGAGGUGAGCGGGCUGUAUCCGUAUCAGGGUGAGCCGGUAGUUGAGUUGGUGCCGCCGGGCGUGCAGAACAGUAUUGGGCUGUAUGAUGCGCGGAAUUGGGAGGAUGGUAGGGGGAGUAGGUGUGACUUUUGGAGGGCUGUUAGCGGGUCGCUGCCUGCUUAA